AAAUCUUGAAGCCCCGGUGACCUCUUUCAAAAAUGUACACCGACUUCGCAGAUGAGCACACAAAUGUUGCACAACCGAAGACGAGUGCUACGGUCACAGUCAGAAUCAUAAAAUCAUUUCAAUAUCGAACUGAAAAGUCCCUUGUUCUCCACAAUCUUGAUCUGACAACCACGACUGUCAAAAAUCUAAAGGGAAUCGCAGCUCAAGCCGUACAAACACAAUCUGGUUGGAAACCUUAUCGCAAUGUUCAUCUUGACACACUGAAACUUUACUCGCAAGCCCAUGGAGCGAAGACGACGAACUUGAUCAUAAAUCUUGACAAUGAUGACUGGAUAUUGGACGACGACGACAAGACGUUGGCUGAUUGCGGUUUUGAAAACGAAACCGAGGUCAGUUUCUUCAACCGUACUCUUUACGAAGACUUUCGACGCAAUCCAGAGACCAAUUGGGAUUAGACUAUUAUCACUGUAUUACUACGAGCAGCUGAUCUAUAGAAUCUGUACACACUAACACCAUACUA